AUGAAUCCGCGCAUUUGGUGCACGGACACGGUACUCAACGCCUCAGUCCACAUUGGAGAAAUUUACGUUGGCGUUGACAAUCUCACCGCAAAGAUUAACCUAGACGCACAAGUCAUUUCAUUGCUAUCGUUUAACGCUGGAGUCGACCUUUCCAUCGACAAGAUCUCACUUCUGAUCCAGAAUGUCACCGCAAAAGUCUACCUCGAAGCGCGCCUCACAAACCUUGUCACCAUGGUCAGCGAUGUGCUUGACAGCAUCGACUUGAAACAUCUUAUUGCCGAGCUCAGUAACGGCCUAGGAAGCAUCAUCAAUGACACCGCCGGCCUGGUCGCUUCUGAAGUAAGCAAGCAAUCGGAGGAACUUGUGCAAUUCGAAAUCAAGAGCAACAUUCUUUACUCAGCAAACGACUUCUCGGGCAACACACACACUCGCUGUGUCCUUGCUCAGAACGGCGACAUUGUUGAGGAGAAGCUGAACAAUUACGGGUCUAUCUCCAACGAGGGUGUUGUUGGUGACUACCAGAAGGGUAUGCGCUUCGACGGCUUCAAUGAGAGCGUGAUGUUCAAGGGUGAGGAGAUCAGGGAGAUGUAUGAGCCUUUCAAGGGGUUGUACUCGAUUAUUGGUGUAUUCAAGAGCAAGACCACUGGCGAGGUGGUAGGAACACAGUUGCUGGCUGAAGCGAGAGGAGGCGGAAGUGCAACUAUCGGAGCUGAACAAGACCAAAGGUAG